CGACGACAACUGUUACCAAGAACCAAACCUGCAUGGACUGCAUCAUGAUAAGCUCUUUCUGCUCAUAGCUAGCUCAUGCAAACACAAGCUCAAGUCGCUGCCUAUCUCGCAGAACGACAUAUCCAUACCUCCUCAACAUGGCUACAAACAGCCUACGCCCACGCAGGCACGCUUCAUUCCAUUGAACCGCUCACACAUACAAUCACCAAGCUCCUACUACAAACAGACAUCACAGCCUCUCUUGGCCCUGAUGCGCCGAGUUUCCCGCCGCUUCCUGAUGAGCCUGCUGGUAGUGGCUUUGUUGCACUACGCGCACCAACGGUCGUUCAGAUCAUGGCCAUUGCUGAGAUUGGUACCAGUCUUGCCGGUCAGCUAGAUGCAGUCGAUGCAUUACGAGAAAAGCAGAAACCUAUUGAACGACGACUUGUACGACUCAAUGAAGAGCCCGUUGAUGCAGAUGGUGCGCAACCUGCCGCAACGGCGCCUAUGGCCAGUCACGGCGAUCCUCUGAAUCUCCCCAAAAAGACAUUACGACUCGUCCUUCAAGAUGCACGCGGACAGCGACGUUUUGCCAUUGAGCAGAAACCAGUCGCUGCGCUCAACUUGCUGCAAACGCCAGUUGGCAGUAAGCUGCUGCUCGAUGCAGGCGUUUUGGUCGUGCAAGGUGUUGUCUUGCUCAAAACCCUCACCACUGUGUUUCUAGGCGGCGGUCUACCAGGUCCUGAUACACAGUCUGCCUUGACUCGCUUGGAUGCGCUUGAAGCGGACCUCAAAGCACGACGAGACGUCUUGCCACGCGCUGAAGGCCCAGUUGCCCAACGAGCGACGCAGCAAGAUGCGCAGGCUGUGCGUGGUGCUGCUCGUGCUGCUACUCGUGGACGUGCAAGAGGACGUGGCGGACGUGGUAGAUCAUGAGACGUUGGUAGAUCAUGAGACGUCUCUUUCAA